AUGGAUUUCAACAGAUCCAGGGUAAAAGGCGCUCAAGUGAGUUCCUUCUGGGAUGUGGCCAUUGAGUUUUCUCCAGAAGAGAAAGAAUGCUUGGAGCCUGCUCACUGGAAUUUGUACAGGGAUGUGAUGUUGGAGAAUUACAGCAACCUUGUGUUUCUGGGUCUUGUUGUGUCUAAGCCACAGCUGGUGACAUUUCUGGAGCAAGGACAAGGGUCUACGGGUGUCAAGAGACAAGCAGCAAGCUCCAUGCUCCCAGGAAUUAUACCCAAUGAUCAUAACUAUUAUAAAAAGGCCAUUGAUGAUAGAUUACUCCUUGUUCAAGGUCAAAGAAUUCAUAAAAGGGAGAAAGCCUGCAAGUGUGAAGAAUGUGGAAAGGUCCUUAGUUCUCAUAAAAUACUUUCCAGACACCAGAGACUUCAUACUGGAGAAAAACCCUACAAGUGUAAAGAAUGUGAUAAGGCCUUUAGUACUAGCUCAUCACUUUGCAUACAUAAGAAAUAUCAUACUGAAGAAAAAACCUACAAAUGUGGCAGAUCAUUUUACUGUCCUUCAGUGCUGAAGAAACAUCAAAUAAUUCAUUCUGGAGAGAAACCCUACAAUUGUGAAGGAUGUGGCAGUUCAUUUUACUGUCCUUCAAUGCUGAAACAACAUCAAAUAAUUCAUUCUGCAGAGAAACCCUAUGAGUGUGAAAAAUGUGGCAGAUCAUUUUACCAUCCUUCAAUGCUUAAACAACAUCAAAGAUUUCAUUCUGCAGUGAAAACCUACAAGUGUGAAGAAUGUGGCAAGUCAUUUAACUAUCAUUCAGUGCUGAAGCAACAUCAAAGAAUUCAUUCUGAAGACAAUCCCUACAAAUGUGAAGAAUGUGGCAAAAAAAUUUUCUGUUCUCAACACCUUCAGGAACAUCAAAUAGUUCAUACUGGAGAGAAACCAUACCAGUGUGAAGAAUGUCAUAAAUCCUAUCGUAAUUAUACAACCCUUAAGAAACACAAGAUAGUUCAUAUAGGAGGAAAACCCUACAAGUGUGAUAAGUGUGGCAAAUGUUUUUCCACAUCUUCAUCCAUUCGAAGGCAUAAAAAAACAGUUCACUGAAAAUAAAUACAUACAUAAAUAAAUAAAUAAAUAAAUAAAUAAAUGCCCUUCCACUGUGGAGAAUGAGGAAAGGUCUUUUUAAUCUUCAAAGUCUUACCAACAGAAGGUAGUUCAGGUCAUACUGAAGAGAAAUCCAACAAAGGUCUUAAAAAGUUUACAGUUCUUCAGCCUUUAGAAGACAUCAGUUGAUACAUUCAGAAUACAAGCUGCAUGAGUCUAUGGAAUGUGGCAAAAUCUUUCCUAGACAAGUCAGAUCUUAUCCUACUCAGAUGAAUCCAUUCUGAAGACUAUUAAGUUAAUAACCUUGGAAUGUCUAUACAAACAUCUGACUUCCACCAGCACAAAUGCUAAGAAUGACAUCAGAGAACAGUAGAGACUUCUCUUGCCUGUAACCUCCCCAAACUGUGUUCAAGCAAAGUGUUUGAUGAGUUUCUUUCCUGUGUAACUGUAAAUGUUGAUGACACUGUUACCAUGUUAUAACUUGGUCUUUGGGUGCCCUGAAUCUGGGAUCUGGGCUGAGGUAUACUCACUCUGUUCCCAGUAGGGUCACCCAAGCUCCUGUAAGAUACCUACCUUGAGUGUGUAAGAAGCUCCAUAAGCCCACACUUCUCACCAAGUUGGACUUUGGUGAAAUGGUCUACAUUGGUACCAGUCUGGGGUGAGUGGGCAUUGGUGUUUGCCUCCCCAGGAAAAGGGAACAGAACACAUUGUCAGUCAUAUUUGGUUUAGAAUAAAGAAAUCCUUUAUUUCCUUUAA